CGCCAAGAAACAAAAAGCGAAAGUAGGCAGAUAUAAGGCAAUACAAAGGGACGCAGUCAAGAGAGAAUCCGAUGUUUUACAAGCUUUGAAGACCAUUACUGUUUCCCAAAGUCAAAAUGUCAGAAGAUGAAUGUGACUUGGAUGUCUUAGUUUCACUUUUGGAUGACGAUAGUAAUUCAGGAGAUGUGAAACAAAGGGAUCCACCUGACAAUAAGUCAGUGGGAGAAGGGAACGGAAAUAGUCCACAGAGUUCUACCCUCACCAAGGGUCCACAGCCAGCCAAUGAAGAUGAGGAUGGUGACAUUGACAGCCUAGCAGCCUUUCUGGAGGAGGAUGGUGAUUUUGAGGAAGGAGAUACUGGGAAUAAAUUAUCAAGGAACAAGGACAUCUCCCUGUCUGAAGGAAGGAGUGGGCCGUCACAGUCCCAGCCUGCCUGUGCUGUGAUAAGUGAGCCGUGUGAGCCAUCUUUAUCUCGGACUGCCCUUGAUGAGAUGAGUGAGCAAGAAGAGGAAGAGGAUGAUGAGACGGAUGAUGACACGAAUGAUGACACAGAUAUACAGGCUGAGCUCUUGAAUAUUCAAAAGAAGAUGUUGGAACUUCAAUCUCAACUAAAGAAGAGAAAAAAAAGUAAGAAUGCUUCAAAAUUAUCAUCUGGGAAGUCUGAGGUUGCUAAGGAUUUAGACUCUAAAAAAAGUGGUGGAGAAACCUCUGAAGAUCAGCUCUCAUUCAAAGUGAAAGAGGAACAAACACCAGCUUCAGAAAUGUCUCAGCCACAGACAAGAAAACAGACUGUAACUCCUGAAGUAUCUCAAACAGGGAAGGACCCAGAGAACUUCUCAGGCCAUCAACGUAUAAACAAAUUGUUGCCAUCCAAUACCUGUGUUGGAAAUGGAGAAAACGAAAAGAAAAAUGGUUCGAACCUUCCACAUAAUAAAGAGAAACAGAAAAGGGAAAAGGGUAUCUCCAAAACAGUGUCUCCAAAAAGUGACUCGAAAUCAGUGGUGUCAAAUAAGAGAGAACUAACAAUUGACAGCACAGAUGAAAAUCCUUUUUUUGCCAGUUCAGACCCAGGGACUGAGGGUAAGGGGACAAGUGGGCUGUUUGGGGACAGUGACAGUGAUUGGGAGGAACUGGAUGGGGAUGUAAAGCCAGGAUUGAGUGAAUCAGGCCAAGUUAUCCAUGACUUGAUGAAGACAGCUGAUUCCCAGAGGGUGUCCUCGGCCUCCCUGGAGGAUGUGAAGGCACUCCGACAGAAGGCCUUCAAGUCCAAGUCAUGGAAGACUGGCCCUUUCCCCAGCCAGGAGAUGGUAAAUCCGCCCCAUAAGAAUGGCAGUGAGAAUUAUAAGAGUAUCACAGACCCUUUCUCAGGGAUCAGAAUAAUCAAUCCAAAGAUAUCUAGCAUGGAAAUGAAAUACAAGAUGGCAGACAGGAAAUUAAUUAAGCUAUCCAAGAUUCAUCUUAAGUUAAAAAGUGCUGAAUUACAAGGAGACUGGGUGACAAUAGGGGUCAUUGUACAUAAAACUGAGCCUCGGACUUCAUCCACGGGGAAGUCCUUUUGUAUCUGGCGCCUGAGUGACCUGGAUGACUGCGAUCAGACUAUUAGCUUCUUCUUAUUCGGGGAGGUGUUUAAACAGCACUGGAAGAACGAGGUCAAAUCUGUGGUGGGCAUUCUAAACCCGAACAAGAUGGACAAAGCAGACAAGGGUCAGCAGGACAUGGCUUUCACAGUGAACCAUCCUAACCAGGUAAUGAUGAUGGGCUACUCCCAGGAUAUAGGCAAGUGUGCAGGGGUUAGCAAGGCGGGCAAGGCUUGUACCAACUUCAUCAACAAAGAACAAGGGCAGUUCUGUGUGUACCAUGUACAGUCAGCCUACAAGAAAACGUGUGCCAAACGGACGGAGCUCCAGGGAAGCUCCGCAGUCACCCCUAAGAAUCAUGUGUUUGGACGCAGGAACAACAAAGACUCUCUUUUCUUCUAUGGAGGGGAAACAUUUACCAAUACAAAAAGGAAGGCAUCCCAGAAGGACCAGGUGACGGUCAGUAAGCUCCAGGCCAAGCAGCUACAGAGUCAGGGAAAGUUCACCACCAUGUCCCUCCACGACCUUGACCCGGCAGACAAGGAGAAACUCAGACAACUGGAGCAGAAAAAAAAUGACCUUGUGGAUCUUUUAGCUACUCCUACUGUUGGGUCUCUGAAUUUUGUGAAGCAUCUAGUAAAGAAAGAAAACCCCAAAGAAACAGACUGCUCAGGUGACAAAAAAGUGGAAAUACAAUCAAUAUCCCCUGCUGAAUUACUCAAACAACACAAGCAGGACAUGGUCAGGAGAAGGAAGUCCAGGCAGAGUGGCCUACCUUCCCUAGAAAGUCCACAGAAUCCAAAAGAUGUGACUCCCAAGUUAGCACGAGGGGGAUCCAUGGACGGAUUUAUCUCUCUUGAUAUGUCCAAGAAAGCCAAGCCUGUAUCUAGCACAGAAAUUGCCAAGUUGAUGGCCAUAUCCAAGGUUAAAAGGAGUGGAGGAUUACAAAAGGAAGACCCAAAUGCACUUAAAAGGAAGCGAGAUUCUCCAGAGAGUAAGCAGAAGAUGCAGGAAAGGGUCUUAUCCAACAUAGGAAAUACAGUUGAUGAAAAAGAGAAACUCGAAGAACCUCCAUUGAAACGCUCCAAGCUUUUGGGUAACAUUGACGAGAAUUCGGAGGAAUUUAAGAAUCUCAUGAAAUCAAGGUCAAAACACACGGGGACUCUAGCUCAGGUGGAGAUGGAGCAGGAGGAGAGGUACUUCAUGGAGCUGGAGAAGAAAGAGAAGUACGAAGACAAGAUGCAGUCAACCAUGUCUGUCAGGUGUACUGUCUUCACCUGUAAAAAUUGUAAUUAUACAGCCAUGAAGCUUGCAGACAAGUGUAAAACUGAAAGACAUACCAUAGUCAAGAGUGAGACAUCCAAGCGCUUUUUUAAGUGUAAACACUGUGGGAAGAGGAAAAUAUCUAUCCACAAAUACCCCACAGAACCCUGUGAGUGUGGGGAGUACAGCUUUCAGAGAACAGCCAUGAUGGAGGAGAAAAAGGGUCCCAAGUUGCCUGAGGAGAAGCUAAGUCUACGCGGGGAUGAGGUGUCCUAUCUCGGUGCCAUGAAGCAAACUGUCUAUCUCAACAUUUGAGGACAUCUGAUAUUGAAAUUCUGAAUAUAAGGACUUUUUGAGAAAAAAUUUCUGUAAUCAAAUGUCAUGGCAUAAACCCGAUUUUAUGAACAUUGAAUCAAAUUUUGUUCUACUGCAAUUAAUUUUUGCACUGUAAUUGGGUUUCUGUUACUGCAGCCAGCAUAUUUUGCUUCUGAAGCAGAUUUUGAGCUUUUGAUUGAUAUAGAAUUGAAUUUUUUUCUUAAGUGCUUGAUUUUAACUACAUGUAAGCAGUAGUCCUGCUAUCAUUUAUGAGAGAGAGAGAGUGCUCGAGAGAGAGCUCAGAAAUUAAGAAAUGUAUCCCAGUACAUGUAUUAUUGUUUUGAGUCACACAUUAUUUUUUAUACAAUCUCUUGUGGUUUUCUGAUUGACAUAACUCACCAACAUGUUAAGGAUUGAUUUUCAGAAAUAAAAUUUUUAUAGGUUAUGUAGAAUCUAAAUCAAGAUAUUUUUUUCAGAAACAAAAAAAGAAAAUUAUUUUUAAUGAAAAAUAUGGUUGGUUUUAUUUUGCAAAAAACAAACAGCAAAUGAAUACAAUAUAUUGAACUUACAUUGAUGUAAGGAAUGCAUAAAGGUUGGAUUUUUUCCUGCUUUAUACCAGUACAGACGUUUACAGUUUUUUGUAAUGACGCCCAUGUAAUAGUGUACAUGUUAUGUACUAAAGAAUUACGGGUACAUACGUGUAUCAUAUAUAUUAACAUAUAUAAAUAUAUUGUAUUUAAAAUGUCAAUGUUAAGAAGACAUGAUCUACGUUAUAUUCAUGUGAUUUGACAUUGUACAUUGCCAAAUCUUCGAUUAUUCUGGCAUAUGGCGAUUCAGUUUAUUUUGUGAUUGGUUUAGCUGCAAGUUUUGAUGCUUUACUGACACGUCUUGGUGAUUUAUGUUUGUACUGUGUAACAAUGUAAAUAUGUCUUUUGUAGGUGCUAUAUGUUACUUUUAUUUAUAAUUAUUGUGAUGUUUGAUUGUGUCAACUGUGAAAUAAAAGGACUGGGUAUAGUAGAAA